CCUUCCGUAACGUGUUUCGUUCUCGCGUUCUGAGAGGCUCUCGCUAGGCGCAGCGGCCGGUUUCCGUGGCAACAGGAAAGCGCGGGAAUUACAGAUUAAUUGAAACUGCGACUGCGCGGUGUGAGCUUUCCUGACUAGGGGCGGUCCGGGGGGUUUUUCAGAGAACUUGGCCUCUGGGCCCGGGAACCACAGGCGCUUUGCUCUGGGUAAAGUUCAUGUGUUAAAGUUCAUGGGAACAGGAAGAAAUGGAUUUUUCUGCGGAUCACGUUGAAGAAGUACAAAAUGUCCUUAAUGCUAUGCAGAAAAUCUUAGAGUGUCCAAUCUGUCUGGAGUUGAUCAAAGAGCCUGUUUCCACAAAGUGUGAUCACAUAUUUUGCAAAUUUUGUAUGCUGAAACUUCUCAACCAGAAGAAAGGGCCUUCACAGUGUCCUUUGUGUAAGAAUGAUAUAACCAGAAGAAGCCUACAAGAAAGUACAAGAUUUAGUCAGCUUGUUGAAGAGCUAUUGAAGGUCAUUCAUGCUUUUGAGCUUGACACAGGAUUGCAGAUUGCAAACAGUUAUAACUUUUCAAAAAAGGAAAAUAACUCUCCUGAGCAUCUGAAGGAGGAAGUUUCUAUCAUUCAAAGUAUGGGCUACCGAAACCGGGCCAAAAGACUUCGACAGAGUGCACCUGAAAAUCCUACCUUGCAGGAAACGAGUCUUAGUGUCCAGCUCUCUAACCUUGGAAUUGUGAGAUCUCUGAGGACAAAGCAGCAGAUACAACCUCAGAAAAAGUCUGUCUACAUUGAAUUGGGAUCUGAUUCUUCUGAAGAUACAGUUAAUAAGGCCAGUUAUUGCAGUGUAGGAGACCAUGAAUUGUUAGAAAUCACCCCUCAAGGAGCCAAGGCUGAAGCCAGUUUGAAUCCUGCAAAAAAGGCUGCUUGUGAGUUUUCUGAGAAGGACAUAACAAAGGCUGAACAUCAUCAAUUCAGUAAUAAAGAUUUGACCACCACUGAGAAGCAUGAAACUGAGAAGCAUCCAGAAAAGUAUCAGGGUGAAGCAGCAUCCGAGUAUGAGAGUGAAACAAGCCUCUCUGAAGACUGUUUGGGGCUGUCCUCUCAGAACGAUAUCUUAACCACUCAGCAGAGGGAUACCAUGCAAGAUAACCUGCUGAAGAUCCAGCAGGAAAUGGCCGAACUGGAAGCUGUGUUAGAGCAGCACGGGAGCCAGCCUUCUCACAGCUCCCCUUCCCUCAUAGCCGAUUCUUGUGCCCCUGAGGACCUGCUAAAUCUGGAACAAAACACAUCAGAAAGAGUAUUAACUUCAGAGAAAGGUAGUGAAUAUCCUAUAAGCCAGAAUCCAGAAAGCCCUUCUGCUGACAAGUUUCAAGUAUCUCCGGAUUGUUCCACCAGUAAAAAUAAAGAACCAGGAAUGGAAAGGUCUUCCCCUUCUAAAUCACAGUUGUCAGAUAAUAGGUGGUAUAUGCACAGCCACUCAAGAAGUCUUCAGAACAGAAACUGCCUACCUCAAAAGGAGCUUGAGGUUGUUGAUGUGGAGGAGCAACAGCUGACUGAGUCUGAGGCCCAAGAUUUAACGGAGCAGUCUUAUUUGCCAAGACAAGAUCUAGAGGGAACCCCUUACCUGGAAUCUGGAAUCAGCCUCUUCUCUGAUGACCCUGAGUCUGAUCCAUCUGAAGACAGAGCCCCAGAGCCAGCUCGUGUUUGCAGCAUGCCACCCUCAGCCUCUGCACUGAAAUUGCCCCAAUUUCAAGUAGAAGAAUCUGCCAGGAGUCCAGCUGCUGCUCAUACUACUAAUACUGCAGGGUAUAAUGUGAGGGAAGAAAGUGUGAGCAGAGAGAAGCCAGAGUUGAUAUCUUCAACACAAAGAGGCAACAAAAGAAUUUCUAUGGUGGCAUCAGGCUUGACCCCAAAAGAAUUUGUGCUUGUGCACAAGUUUGCCAGAAAACAUCACAUCACUUUAACUAAUCUAAUUACUGAAGAGACUACUCAUGUCAUUAUGAAAACAGAUACUGAGUUUGUGUGUGAACGGACACUGAAAUAUUUUCUGGGAAUUGCAGGAGGAAAAUGGGUAGUUAGCUAUUUUUGGGUGACCCAGUCUAUUAAAGAAGGAAGGAUGCUGGAUGAGCAUGAUUUUGAAGUCAGAGGCGAUGUUGUCAAUGGAAGAAACCAUCAAGGCCCAAAGCGAGCAAGAGAAUCCCAGGACAGGAAGAUCUUCAAGGGCUUAGAAAUCUGUUGCUAUGGACCCUUUACCAAUAUGCCCACAGAUCAACUAGAGUGGAUGGUGCAUCUGUGUGGGGCUUCUGUGGUGAAGGAGCCCUCAUCAUUCACCCUCAGCCAGGGUACUCAACCAAUUGUGGUCGUGCAGCCGGAUGCCUGGACAGAGGGCGGUGGCUUCCAUGUCAUCGGGCAGAUGUGUGAAGCACCUGUGGUGACCCGAGAGUGGGUAUUGGACAGCGUAGCCCUCUACCAGUGCCAGGAGCUGGACACCUACCUGAUACCCCAGGUCCCCAGAGCUGCUGCUGAUUCCAGCCAGCCAUGUAUAUAGGGGAUAGAGCCAGUCUCUGCAGGACCUCAAGAAUGAGCUUAAGAAAUGACCCUUUUCCAGGCCCAGGGAAAGGCCUCUUCAGUCCUUCCACAGCCCCGAUUCCUAAAUAUUUUAUGUACAUCAGCCUGAAAAGAACUUCUGGCUCUGCAAGGGUCCCUUAAAGAUUUUCUGCUUCAAGUCUCCCUUUGAAAUCUGCCAUGAGCACAAAAUUGUGGUAAUUUUUCACCUGAAAAGAAUUUAAAACCAUUUAAACCCCACCAAUUGAGCAAGAUGCUGAUUCAUUAUUUAUCAGCCUUAUUCCUCGUCCUGGGGCUGUCGGCUUCGAGCUGGAGGCACAGAGUGGUUGGUCUCAGGAGAAUAGCUGGUUUCCCUAAAUUUGUUUCUCAAAACCCUUGUGUUCUUAAAGUCCAGGAGUCAGAUCCUUCAAUGGAAGGUGAGUACUUGGGGAUCUGUGCCGUGACUUAAAAUCAGAACAGUCCUUGGACAGCUCUCAAGUGUUGGAGUGGAGCAUUGGGGAGGAAAUCCAGAGGCGGUAAUGGAUAUAAUAUGAAAUUUGAGGGUUAAUUAGAUGAGAGGGGAGUCUUGCUGACCCUGAUCUCCAAAAGUCUGGGCUAUAGUUGCUGGGUUUCUAAAGAAUUUCUUAGCACUGAUGUGCUCUGAAACAGCAGAAUCUUUUCAAGAACUCUGGUGUCCAAAGGGAAUCUUCUGAUUCCCCAUUAGUGACAAAUAAAAUGUUUAUUGUUGUAGCUCUGAUAUAUAACCCAUUCCUCUUGAAAUAUAAGAUCUCUGAUAUGAAUAUUUCAUGUCUGUAAGAUGACGGAUCCCACCAGGAAAGAAGCUGUUUGCUUUCCUUGAGGUAAUUUUUUUCCCUUUGCUCCCUAUUGCUGAACUGUACAGAUUCAUAAAUAAUUUUGUUUGCUGAAGGAAGAGAAAGUGUUUUUCAUAAACUCAUUAUCCAGGACUGUUUAUAGCUGUUGGAAGGACUAGGUCUUCCUUAGCCCCCCAGUGUGUGCGGGCAGUAAAGACUUGAUUGUACAAAAUAUGUUUUGUAAAUGUGCUUUUCACCUGCAAAUAA